AUGAAAAUAGGUAUUAUUGGUUUUGGACAUUUAGGUCAAUUUUUAAAAAAUCAAUUAGAUGAGGAUAAUGAUUAUGAAGUUAUAAAAAUAUGGAAUAGAACUCCUGAUGUUGAUAAUAAUAUUUUACCUUUAAAUGAUAUAACAAAAGACAAUUUAAAAGAUAUUGAUUUGGUUGUUGAAGUUGCUCAUCCUGACAUUACAAAAAUGUAUGCUAAAAUUAUUUUAAGUGAAUGUAAUUUAUUUAUUGGUUCACCAACAGCCUUAUCUGAUCAGGAGACAUAUAAUUUAGUAGAAGACUUAGGAAAAAAAUAUAAUAGAUCAAUUUUUGUUCCAACGGGUGCUUUGUGGGCUGCAGAGGAUAUCAUGAAGAUGGCUGAGUUAGGUCAAUUAAAAAAACUAUCAAUAUCAAUGAUCAAACAUCCAUCUUCAUUUAAAGUUUUUGGUGAUUUAAAAAAGUUAUGUGAUGAGGCUAUGGAAACAUCAACAUUAAAAGUUCUUUAUUCAGGUCCUGUUCGCCAUCUCUGUAAAUUGGCUCCAAAUAAUGUUAAUACAAUGGCUGGAGCAGCUAUUGCAGCUAAAAAUCUUGGUUUUGAUAAUGUUGAAGCUAAUCUGAUAGCCGAUCCAGAGAUGUUAGAAUGGCAUAUUGUUGAAUUAGAUGUUACAGGAGAGGAUGGAUUUAAUGUUAAAAUAAGAAGAAAAAAUCCAGCUAAACCUGGUGCUGUAACAGGAAAUGCCACAUAUUUUUCUUUCUUAGCAAGUAUUCAUAGAUGUAAAUAUAAACCAUCUGGUAUACAUAUUUGUUAA